AUGGCGUCUUUAUUCACCAAGCGUCUGACCUGCUUUUAUUGUGGGCGGCGGUCUGCCUCCCAGUGGCCUGCUCGCAAUUUCCGCUGUGAACACUGCGAGGCCGACAACUUUCUUGACGAGAAAGGCGAAAUCACCGAUCCGCCAGCUGCUGUCACCAACGCCGACAGUGAUGUGCCUGGUACAUCAAGCCAACCCUCCGAGGCCGCCGAUCUGAAAGAGUCCCCGUUAUUUUGCUCCAAGUGUACUCGCAACCAGCACCUAUUUACAAGCUCAUUGGCAUCGUACUUUCCUCCAUCCGACGAUCCGACAGACGCCGAGUACGAACGUGGGUAUGCAGACUUUCGCAAACGCCUCGAGGACCGCUAUCCCCAGAUUUGCGAGUCCUGCGAACCUCGCGUGAAAGAACGCAUUCGAAGAGCCGGAUAUGAAGCCAAGUCAGAUCAUCUGAGACGCAUGAUGGAUCAAAGCCGCGCGAACCGUGAAGCGCGACAGAUCAGGAACCGGAGCUGGAGGAGUUUGCUUCUUUAUGCCGGUGCGCUUGCACACUGGACCAGUAUUUCUGGUCAGGUUGCAUGGGAUUUGAUCAGUGCAAUGACACUCCACCAGACACCGGAGAGCCUCGAUGAAUCGCCAAUUUCCACAGAAUCGUCUUUGGCAGCUACCUUUUCACAGUGUACCAAGCAGACAUUUUCUAUGUGGCGUAUUCCCAGUAACUGUGUGGUUGAUCUAGCACCGGCUGCAGGCCUGGCAUUGAUCGCAGGUGCUCUCUCACUCUGGUGGAAUCCCAAGUUGCGCUUGAAGAUAGACGGGAUGCCAGGCAAAUUCAAGGGCCUUGCAGAGUACUAUCAAGCUCAACUGAUUGUUCUGGUAGCACGGUGUGCAUUCUGGGCAGUUCUCAAGGACCCUGUUGCUAGUGGCUUGGAUUCUAGUAUGUCUCCGGCCUUGCAUGGUCUAAUGAUGGCUUUCACUCUUUUGUCACUUUCGUACUCUCGAUACGUCGUGCAAUAUUCUAGUCGUCCACUUGUCAAUUGGUCCGACAAUAGCUGGGAAACUCAACUUCAAGGCACCACGUCGUCCUCUGAAUUGCCUGAGUCACCGGCUGUGCCGUCCCAAGCCACCAAUCUCAACGCCUUCACUGCGAACGGCGGAGUCAGUCAACGUUUCCCAAUUGAAACGUUGGCCACAGCUCCGGCACCCGUAGAGAAGCCGCGAGAGAUUGUUCCUGUUAUGGAGAAGGAUAGCAUGGAUUGGACUCCGUCUACUACCCAUAACCUCCGUCCAACGAUCCAACAGCGGAGCAAGCAAUCUGUGCUCAAUGGUCCCCAUCCCUUUCACGGGCAGGUUCCAGCGGCUCCAAUGGCUCCAUCAUGGAAGCUUCGCGCUCAGCCUUCAACAAAGCCUAUUGAGCAAGUGGUACAGCCUAACCCGUUCCACCGCAUCCCUUCCCAAGCACAAGCACAAGUGCAAGCUCCAAGCCGACAACCGUCUGCCGACGCCGAACCAGUCUUCAAGCCACCUAAGUUCUUCGCUCCAGGGGAUCUCGACACUUCUACUGGACUGGAAACGCUGUUCGACAGGGCCUUCAAUUUCCAAUCCGAGGUCCCUGGGCCUGGAUGGCCCCAGGAAAGUCAAAAGAACUUUGCCAGUCGCAUUCAGACACCGAGACAUCUGUUCUAUGGAUGGCUGCGACUUGUUCUAUUGGUCGGAUUCAUCAGCGCCUGGACCUUUUCUCAAAACCGCCAGGUGUUUAUUCCCGGAAACUACGUGGAGAUCGCUGCUCUAGGGGCUGCGAGUCUUGUUGCUGGAUUCGCUCUCAUAAGCAUGGUCAAAAGGCCUCUUGUGCAGUGGAAUGGGAUGGAAAUAUUGAUUUCCAUCACUGAGCUUGUUGCGGCCGUCCAUAUGGGGGCCCAUCUCCCGACUGCUUCGUUUGACCGAGAUUACUUUGAUCGUUACGGCAAGCUUCUUUUGAUGUUCAUGGCUAUACAGGAAGCUAUGCGUGUGGGCUCUUUCUACACUGCGGCCAUGAUGGAAAGUCGAAACACAUCAUCAGAACCAGCAUCGUCGCAGUCGGGGACACCGCAACUGAACCAGCCGGGUGCAAUCGAAUGGCCCUCUAAUAGAUCGCCACCCGUGUCCCCGUCGGAAUCUCGAGUCAGCAGUCCCCCAUUGCCAACUCAUCGAUCGUUCGAGUCACAGUCCUCCGCGCCUCCGCUUUCCUUUUGUACUACCGAACCAAGCUCUAGUUUCUCGUCAGCACUACCUUCUGUGCCAAACUAUGGGCUUUCUUCGUCUCAGACUGUCCCUUCUUUCUCCUCCGCUCAGACUCCGAAACGAAACCCUCAUAGCUUCACCAUGGAGUCUUUGAAGAUGAGCGACCCUCCGUCUGAUUAUGACCAGGAUUCAGACAGCGAGACUGUCGCUACAGCCACAACCAGUGGUACAAAUAUGACCAACCGCAACAUUCGGUAUGGUUACAAUCCUAGCUUGGGUCACAGCUCCAUGUUCUCGCCCCGGCGCAAUGUACUGGGUUCAGGAAUGGGCGGGUUGAGCUUGGAUGAUAACCCAACUCCUCGCCGCAUGACUCGCAGCCAGACCCAGCAUGGGCUCCUUGGCCGGGCUCAGCCCAACUACAUUCGGUAA